CUCUGAAGACAGCAGAACAGCACAGAGUUGCAACAGCUCACCGCAGACAGAGAGAGCAAGACGGCAUUGAGCCAAACGUGCCCAAAGGACAGCCGUAUGCAGUUUAUCAUGAAGGGAACAGCUAUCUCUGCUGCUGCCCUCCUCCUCAUCAUUCCUGCCUCUCUCUGGGGCAGUUCACAAGCUAGCGAGAAUAGCAUGGCUUUGCAGGAUUGCUGCCUCUCGACCAGCGCAAACGAAAUCCCCUGGAAGAUCGUGCGCAGCUACCAAAUACAACUGCCCAGCGAUGGCUGCAAAGUCCACGCUGUUGUGUUCCUGACUAAGAGGAAUAAACAUCUGUGCAGCCCCCCAGGGGAAAUGUGGGUGAAGAAACUGCUGAAGAAACUCGACGAUAAGAAGGGAAGGAAAGCAAAACUUGGUCAGAAAAGGAAUCAGAAGAGGCUCAAGUCUAAAAGGAAUUCACAGGCAUGAGGAGAGAUGACGGUCAACAAACUUUUGAUUCGUUCCAUCUGCAUUAAUUGGAAAAAGAACUAACAUAUACCAAAGUUAUCAACGUUACUUGAGGUCAGACUGAGGGAUGUAUUCGUUUGUAAAUAUGACACCGACCAAUCAUUUUUCCAAUCCCCGCUCCUGUUGUCUUUUUGGUGAAAUUGGAUUCAGAAUGAACAGUCUCACUGUGAUGCCAAAAGAGGUUGCCCCAUAUAAAACUCGUACUAAAUUGGCACUGAAUUUGAAUCAUUCAUUGAGACCGCCCAGGAAAAUCUUAUUUGUGUGAUCAGUAUAAGUUUUUAUAUAUAAAAAGAUAGAGCUUUAGUCUGUAUCUAACCCCAUACUGUCCCUGUCCUGGGACUGUUUCAUGGGGACAGUAUAGGGAGAGCUUUUUUAUUUCAGUUUAAGAGACUACAGAGAGCUUUACUUUGUAUCUAACACAAAAUAAUCCUUGUCCUGGGAGCGUUUGAUGUGAUAGGGUAGAGGCAGCUUUACCUUGUUCACAACCUGACACUUGUAAAACCUAGCAGGAGUGGGGUUAAAGUAAAUGUGGGUUGGUUUUGCCAUGCCCUGAAAUGCAGUGAUCGAUUUGGAUAAUGCAAUUGGCUCCCUCAAUUCCACAUCAGUCCUGUGUUUAAACACAUUGUCAAAGCCAAUGAGCCAUGUGCUUGUCGGCAGGAGUGAAGGUGCUUUUAUCUGGACUGGGAACAAUUCCAUUUCCUUAGCAACCUGCAACUGCCCUCAAUCGAACCACUUACUGAGGCUGAGCCAAUAAAUCAAAAAACCUAUAAUGUGACUGAGGGAGUGACAUAAAGCUGAAUCCCAACAUAAUGUGAAUACUGAUGUUGAAUGUUCAAUUAAACUCUGUUGCCUCUCUUCCUCCACUACACAAGGGAACAGCACCUACUGAUGCAUCUGUCCCUCUGCAGUCUUCAUAGUCUUUAAAGCCCAUCAUGUUAUGCCAUUUUGGAGACUGGAUGUGGGAUCUUACUCUGUACAAUGAUAUGUGCCUUCAGAAACAUUCUGUUCUAAUCUGAAUAAGCUGUCUGAUUGGACUGUGUCCUUUGGUUUCAAGCUGAAUUGUUUUGAGUUUCCAGCCUACAAUUUUGUAAUAUUUUGUAGUUUUGUAAAAAUGAAUA